AUGAGGUGGAAACUGCGAAUGGGUCGUGAGGUGGGGCUCACUUGCCUCGGGAACCGAUACGUAUCGACGCUACCAACGCUUAGCGUGCCUUGCCCUUCUGUGCGCGCAACUCGCAAGGAAGGCUCAGGGGCUGCCGCGAAAACGGGCCAAUGGCAGUCACAGGCGCGCCUCUGUAACACGUACCGUCCAUCGCUUGACCCCGCCGUCAAACGUCAGACAGACAUCCUCACACAACCUUCAGACACAGGGUCACGAUCCCGUCACGACGACGACGACGACGACGACGACGACCACUGCCCGCAAGUUGCAACAAUCUGA